GAGGCAAAGCAGCUAUUAUAUGUUCUUGAUUCUUGUAUUUCAAACAUGGCAGACACCGAGACUGCGCAGGAGACGGUUCCAGACACAACGGUCGCCGUGAAGGGCAGUGAAGCCGAAGAGAACAAUAACUCUGCAGAUGGCCCGGCUGCAGUCGACAAAAAGCCCACUGAUGGCGAGCCCAUAUCAGCAGAGAGUGGGGAAGUGGAGAAACCGGAGGACAGCCAACCAGAACAAGUACCCGAGGGAGAUCAAACAGAUGCACCUCAAGAAGCAGUUGAACCGGAUCAACCUUCAGAACCCGCUGGUGGGGAAGAGCAGACCGUGGACGCACCAAAACCAGAUGAUGAAGAACCUAAAACAGAGGUAGAGCCGACUGCGGAUGGUCCAACAUCUAGUGAAGGUGUUGAAGAAGCAGCUAAAGAGGGUGAAGUACCAGAAGAUGCCCCCCAAGAGGUGGUGGUUGAUAGCCAGGAAACACCCGCACCAUCAGUCGUUAUAGAGGAUGAGAAACCCGAAGAGGAAACUUCGUCGCCUAAGACAGAUGAGGUAGCAGUGGAUGAAGUAGCCGAUGAACUCAUACCAGAGAAAGUUCAUAAAACUGAAAAUCCUGUUCUUGAGGAACCCAGGCCAGAGAAAGUUCCAGAAACAGAGAAUGUUGUUCUUGAGGAGCCCACGCCAGAGAGAGCCGCUGAUGAAAUCGAUGGCGAUGCCACCGAAUCAGAAAAACAAAUUGAGCAGCCACAGGAGGACCAAUCAAACAUUCAUGAAAAUGAAGAUAAACCAGAGGACUCAAAUGUUGAGGACACAAACAAAGAGCUUGAUUUAAAAGAAAAGGAUGACGCCCCCGUAGAUAUUUCUGUGACCGUCGGAGAUGUAGCGACAGCCGAUAUCCAUGCAGCAGCCCCAGAAGAUAUAGAUGAAAGUAAACCGGUAGAGCCUGAACCACAAGAACCUCCCCAAGAAACUACCACCGAAGAGGCGCAGCCUACAACAAGGGCAGAAGAAGGGGAAACUUCUGGAGAAAAUGUCCAUGAAAUCGGUGCAUUCGAGGAAAAAUACAGCGCUGCUCAGCGUGACAUUCAGGAACUGAGGGCCUUGAACGUUGAGAUACAGCAAAGGCUGGAUAAAUCAGAAGCAGAGUCAAAAGAUAGGAAACGACAAUCAAGUGUCGAUAAUAAAGAAGGCAUGAAAGUCCAGUCAGACUACCUGGCAAGGGAGCUCUCCCAACAGCAAGACACAGAAAAGUACCUCCGGGAGAAACUGGCCGAGACGUUGGAAGAGAAGGAGGAGAGUGAACGCAAGUGUAAGGACUUACAGUUGAGGCUCAAGCGCUUCGCCAAAGACGACCAGGCCAAGGACGAGCGGAUGAAAAAAUUGGAGAGCGAUCUGCGCGAUAUUUCACAGGAAGUUCAGACGCUCGAGGAACAUUUCGACGAGGAGACACUGAAGACGAUCAGGGAGUCAAAGGGUACGAACGCCACCAACGGCCAGACAACGACAGCAAGGACGCAGCAGAAACAAGAGACCCCUGUCCCACAGUCAAAGACAUGUACUAUUCUGUGAUCUCGUUAUUAGUUUUAUUUCUAAUGACUUGAUGCCCUUUCAUAAAUUGUGUGAUUAUGGUUGUUUUUGCAACAUCCUUGGGCCAAGUUUGGAUGGCGACAAUUUUGUCAACCACUAGUCAUAUUCCGUAUGGUUAUUCCAUUAUGUUUACCUACGCAUUGAAAACGUCCUGGGUACCAGGCAAAAUCGACCAAUGGUUGACUUUAUUCCGUCACUCGAACUUGCCCCGUGUGCAAGGCUGUAUGCGCUUCGUUUUUGACAGGGCAAGGACACCAAGGGCAUUUUCUCCUUGGAAAUGGCACCAAGGCCAUGGCCAGGGGGGACAGAGGUUGUCGCCUCCGCCUGUGUUAAGGAUCGGGCAUGCUUGUGUUACGUUGUCUGUAGGGUUAAGAGGGUUUGUUUUGCAUUUUUGUUCACGAUAGUGUGAUGUUAACAUGUUCAGGUAUUGGGUAAUUUAGACAAUAUCGUAUUUUAUUAUUUGGUUUCAUUUACCAGUGACAUACCGAUUUUGUAAACGCAAAGGGUGAUGGCAUAGUUUGUCCUGCUCCCUAUAAACAAUUACUGUCCCAUGUGGAUUGACACACCCCUGUAGGACGAGUGGCAUGGUCCAGCCUAGGAUAUCAAGGCUGUGGAGCUGACCAGCGUUCACGAUGUGGUCGGUUCAAUUGAAAUAAUGUUUAAACAUAAUAUGAGGGGAAAACUAGCUAGUAGUCUUUUAUUAUUUGAGAGAGAAAUUACCUCUUUCUCAAAAACUACGUUAUUUUAGAGGGAGUCGUUUCUCGCAA